AUGUAUGCAUUUGUUCCCUAUAUCGCUUCCAAUCUAACGGUUUGUAGUGUGUCUCAAAGCAACAUUGAUUGCGUUACUAUCAAUAGCUCCAGCGAAUGGCUCGCAUUUGGCUCGUCAAAACUCGGUCAGCUGCUUGUAUGGGAGUGGCAAUCUGAGUCUUAUAUCUUAAAACAACAGGGCCAUCUAGGCUCCAUGAAUGCCCUGGUUUAUUCCCCUGACGGCCGAAAGAUCAUUACUGCGGCUGACGAUGGCAAAAUCAAGGUCUGGGAUAUCAAAACUGGAUUUUGCAUUGUUACUUUCACCGAACACAAGAGUGGUGUUACAGCAUGUGAGUUCACGAAACGUGGGAAUGUGCUCUUCACAGCAUCCCUGGACGGUUCAGUACGAGCAUGGGAUCUUGUACGAUAUCGGAAUUUCAAGACCUUCACUGCCCCUUCACGGUUAUCCUUUUCUUCCUUGGCAGUCGACCCCAGUGGUGAAAUUGUAUGCGCCGGAUCCCUGGACUCAUUCGACAUUCACAUUUGGUCUGUACAGACUGGUCAGCUCCUUGAUCAGCUAUCGGGCCAUGAAGGGCCAGUAUCGUCAUUAUCCUUCUCCGCAGAUGGAAGCCAUGUUGUCAGCGCCAGCUGGGAUCGUACAGUCAGGAUAUGGAGUAUUUUUGGGAGGAGCCAGACUAGUGAACCGCUACAGCUACAGUCAGACGUCCUAUGUGUAGCAUUCAGACCAGAUGGAAAGCAGAUUGCAGCGUCGACACUUGAUGGCCAGUUAACAUUCUGGUCCGUCGCAGAUGCUGUUCAGCAAUCGGGUAUCGAUGGUCGCCGAGACGUGUCUGGUGGUAGAAAGAUAACCGACAGACGCACCGCCGCAAAUUCUGCUGGCACAAAAUCAUUUGCAACUAUAACCUACAGCGGCGACGGCACAUGUCUCUUAGCUGGUGGGAACAGUAAAUAUAUCUGUCUCUACGACGUUGGCACAAGUUCUUUGAUCAAAAAAUUCACAGUUUCACUCAACACAUCGUUAGACGGAACUCAGGAGUUUCUAAACAGUCGAAACAUGACCGAAGCCGGACCUCAGGGGUUAAUUGACGAAACUGGUGAAGCAUCUGACAUCGAGGACCGAAAAGAUAAGACAUUACCAGGGGCUCGUCGUGGAGACAAUGGAGCUAGAACCACUCGCCCUGAAGUCCGCGUCACAUCGGUAUCAUUUUCACCCACUGGGAGAUCAUUCUGCGCCGCUUCUACGGAAGGUCUGCUGAUAUAUAGCCUUGACGAUGACGUGGUCUUCGAUCCGUUCGACUUGGAUAUAUCUAUCACACCAGACAGUAUCAUGGCCACCGUUGCAGCAGCUAAAAAAGCGGCUUUAUCCCAACACCCCGAAUCUUCAUCGGAAACUACCACAUCUGACUUUUCAUUCCUCAAAGCCAUCAUCAUGGCAUUCCGCCUCAAUGAAUCUGAGCUCAUCAGAACGGUUUACGAAUCUAUACCUCCUUCUGAGAUACCCCAUAUUGUCCGUUCAAUUCCCACAAUAUACGUAACCCGUCUACUCCGGUUUGUUGCCAACGCAGCCGAUGAAACUCCCCAUUUGGAAUUCAACUUACUUUGGAUUCAAGCAUUAUUAAGCAUAAGAGGACGCUACAUCAAGAACAACGCAGCGUCUUUUGCUGCGGAGCUAAGAUCUGUUCAGAAAGCCAUUGAUGGCAUUCGAAAUGACUUAAAAAGACUUGCAGAAAAGAAUUCAUAUACUUUGGAAUACUUUCUUUCAAAGCCCGCCUAUGCACCCGGGGCCAAAAACACUACCUCUAACGAAUCGAAGAGGAUGCUUCUGGAGAAUCCUAAGGAAGAAAACCCUUUAAUGGAAGAGCAGGGUGGAGAUGAAGCUAAUGACAGUGAUGGGGAUUGGAUCGGGUUGGAGUAG